UCCAUCCCAAAUGGCCAUCUCUUUACAGAAGCUCUGUUUAGUUAUCGUCUCAGUUUUUAGUGUAUUCCUCCCCUCUUCACACCCUACACUUCUUUCCCAUGCAUUAAUGCCCAUCAGAUGUCCUGCCCACGAAUCUGAAGCUCUGCUCCGAUUCAAAGCGGCCUUCAAUGACUCCCAAGGCUAUUUCGGUUCGUGGGUAAAUGGAACAGACUGCUGUACCAUGUGGACCGGCAUAUCCUGCAACAUUCAGACCAACAACGUUGUCUCUCUUCGUGUAAGCCCUUUGGGCUCCAUUCAAGGUGUGAUCUCUGAGAACCUGUGUCAACUUCAUUUUCUCACAUCACUGAGCAUAAGCGGAGUAACAGGUACUACCACUACCCCUCCCUGUUUGGGAAACCUCUCUUCUCUUGAAUUUUUAGAUUUAUAUGGAAAUGGGUUUAGUGGGUCAGUUCCCACUUCCAUUUGUUUGCUCACCCGCCUUACACACCUUGGUCUUUCUAGCAAUAACUUCAAUGGAAGCAUACCUUCCUGCUUUGGCAAUCUUGCUUCUUUAAGAAACCUUCACCUUGCUGAUAACCAACUUAGUGGAAGCAUACCUGCUUCUCUGGGUAAUCUAUCUUUCUUAGUUUUCCUCACUCUUUACAAGAAUCAAGUCAGUGGAAUGCUACCAGAUUCUUUGGGUAACCUCUCUUCUUUAACUUACCUCCUCCUUAGUUACAACCAAUUUAGUGGAAGCAUACCGGCUUCUCUAGGUAGUCUGUCUUUCUUAGGGUACCUUGGGAUUUGUAACAACCAACUCAGUGGAAGCAUACCAGCUUCUCUGGGCAAUCUUUCUUCUUUAAGUCGCCUUGAUCUAGGUGCCAACCAUCUUCAUGGAAGCAUACCCGCUUCUCUGGGUAAACUUUCUUCUUUAUGGUACCUAAUCCUUCAUAACAACCAGCUUAGUGGUAGCAUACCAGCUUCUCUUGGAAGUCUCACUUUGUUGAGGUCAUUAUACCUUGAAAAUAAUCAAUUGACUGGUAGCAUUCCAGAGUCCUUGGGCAAUCUGCUUUUACUUGGCUUCUUGGAUAUUAGAAAUAACCAACUAACUGGGACCAUUCCCCUUUCAUUUGCUCAACUUUCCUCCCUUACUGAGUUCAAAGCUUAUGGCAAUCGUUUCAAUGAAAGCAUCUCUUCUUCGUCACUUCCAGCUUCUUUAGUUAAUCUAUACCUGUCACUAAACCAUAACCAAUCAAUUUCUGAAACUUUCUUUCACAACCUUACAAUUCUAAAGUACCUGCAUAUAUCCGACUGUGUGCUAAGUAUUAGCAGAACUUGGAUUCCACCCUUCCAAUUAAAUCAGUUAUCUUUAGUGUCAUGUACUAUUGGUCAUGGUGAAUUUCCACUUUGGAUUUCAACACAAUUCUCACUUGAUGCACUGGAAUUAGUUAACAUUGGUCUUAUAGGAGAAAUUCCCUCUUGGCUAUGGGAAACCAAUCUUCUAUUGAACUCUCUAAAUCUUUCAAGAAACCAUUUGGAAGGAAACCUAUCCUCAAAUACUUCAAUAUGGAUGCAACUAUGGCAAUAUUCCUCCAAGUUUGAGUAUAUUAUCUCAACUUCAGUUAUUAAAUCUUGCAAACAACAACUUUACUGGAGUGAUCCCUACAAGCUUGUCCAAAUGUUCUUCCCUUAG